AUGAUUGCAUUGGUUUUAAAAGGUGGACUAUGCGUUUCUUUUGAUGACCGGUUUGCCGUGUCGGUCAAACUUGGCGAUCCAGGACAACUGUUUGAUAUACAGACUGGUCGCUGCUAUAUGCUGUUUGCAGGACAUACAGGGAUGAUAUCGGCAGUUAAAUUUAACCAAAAACUCUUGGUAAGCGCAGGCUCUGAUGCUACUUUACGAAUUUGGGAAAUAAGCUCUGGUAGAUGUGAGCGGGUUAUUGAGGGUCACUUGGGUGAAAUCACUUGUCUGCAGCUGGAUGAUGAUAUUGUGAUCUCCGGAUCAGAAGAUCACACUGCCAAGAUAUGGCAGAUUUCAACAGGAACAUGCUUGAAAACAUUUCAAGGACAUACAGGUGCAAUAUGCUGUUUACAGAAUACAUCAACUACUCUGGUAACAGGAUCGACCGAUACAACCAUUCGUAUGUGGGAUAUUCAAACAGCUUCCUGUAAACGGCAACUCACUGGCCACACUGGCCAUGUAUUUUGCAUCCAGUUUGACUUGGAGUAUAUUUGCAGUGGAUCGAACGACACCUGCAUUAAAAUAUGGAGUGCAAAAUCUGGAAAGCUGAUUCGCACUCUUACUGGCCAUCAUUUAGGCGUAGUAUGUCUUCAAUUCGACCACACCAAAAUUGUUUCAGGAAGUGCAGACAAGACCAUCAAAGUAUGGAGUAUCAAAACUGGACAUAAUUUGUAUACACUGAAUCAUCAUACGGGGAGUUUGUGGGCAUUGCAUUUCACAACAAAUAAGAUGGUGUCCAGUUCCAUAGAUGGAUCACUGCUAAUAUGGGACUUUGCAUUCCAAAAAUCCAAAUCUCGUGUCUGUGGAAGAAGGCACAACUCUAGCAGUGACAGACCAACAAAAGACGUUGACCGGCUUGAAGACAGCGAACAUGAAGGUGCAUUCAAUCUACUUGAUAAUGGCAAUUAAUAAAACAUCCUGUUUUGC